AUGAGAAACCAUACAAUACUAACCAGAUUCAUCCUCCUGGGACUAACAGAUGACCCCUAUCUGAAGAUUCUGAUUUUUGUAUUUCUCCUUAUCACCUACAUGUUGAGUGUAAGUGGAAACCUGACCAUCAUCCUCCUCACAUUAGUGGAUUCCCACCUUAAGACCGCCAUGUAUUUUUUUCUCCAAAAUUUUUCCUUCUUGGAAAUCUCAUUCACUUCUGCCUGUAUUCCUAGAUUUCUGUAUAGUCUAUCAACAGGAGACAGGGUCAUUACCUACAAUGCUUGUGCAUGCCAACUCUUUUUUACAUACCUGUUUGGAAUAACAGAGUUUUUCCUCCUGGCCACCAUGUCCUAUGAUCGCUAUGUAGCCAUCUGCAAACCCCUGCAUUAUGUGACCAUCAUGAACCAUGGGGUCUGCAAAAGGCUCAUCUUCUCCUGUUGGAUGAUUACUUUGAUCAUCAUGUCCCCACCACUUAGCUUAGGACUAAAUCUGGAAUUCUGUGACUUUAAUAUCAUUGACCACUUUGUCUGCGAUGCUAAUCCUAUCCUGAAGAUCUCAUGCUCAGAUACCUGGUUCAUAGAGCAGAUAAUUAUUGUCUGUUCUGUAUUGACAUUUAUCAUGACUCUGGUGUGUGUGGUUUUGUCCUAUAUGUAUAUCAUCAGAACUAUUCUAAGAUUCCCCUCUGCUCAGCAAAGGACAAAAGCCUUUUCUACCUGUUCUUCCCAUGUUAUUGUGGUUUCUAUCACCUAUGGCAGCUGCAUCUUUGUCUAUAUCAAACCUUCAGCAAAAGAUGAAAUGGCCAUCAAUAAGGGAGUGUCAAUACUCACUACUUCCAUUUCCCCCAUGUUAAAUCCAUUUAUUUAUACCCUGAGGAACAAGCAAGUGAAACAAGCCUUUAAUGACUUGUUCAAAAGAUUUAUAUUGCUUUCUAAAAAAUAG